AGCACGAACACACACUAAAUCCAAGAGCUCUCUCUGUCUCACACACACUCGGGAUACGUUUCACUCCUCGUAAGCUGUUUGGGUGAAUAGCACUGUACGCUACACGCGAGGUUUUUUUUUUAAACCAUUUUUCUAAAAGAAUCAUCGUUUAUGUAUGUUUUCUGCCUCGCUCCUCUUGCCAGUCGGUAAAGUGUGUGGAAGUUAGAUGAGACGAGAGAGAAAGGAAGCUCCAGCUCUGAGAGGAGUCGACCUAAAUUAUGGCACCAAUUAUCUUUAUAGACCCGAGGGACGCCGCGUGGUAGACAGAAGAAAUUAAUGAAGGAGUAAAACGAUUAAAAUGCUCGGGUCUUGUCUCCAGAUAGGUUCGCGUCUUCGCUCAGUAGCGCGAUACACGACACCGGGAGUGGACGAGGCAGUCUGAGAGGAGAGAGGGACAGAGACGAAGAAUGGGAAAAUAAAGAAAACUGGCAAAUCUUCGCAGCAGAAGAAGCAGGUUGUCUGGAGGUGAAUGAUAAACUCAAGAUAGGACUGGACUCAAGACAGAUCUGAACCUUAUAAAUUCUGGUUAUGAGAACUUGCACUACAAAAGCAACGUGCAGGCAGGAGGUAAGAUGUUUGCAGAGGUGUGUGGCCAGCAGGGGCCAUGGGCACUCCUGCUGCUGUGGUGUAUAAGUUUAUCAGCAGCUGAUCUAUCCUGGCCAUGCCCACAAAAGUGCAACUGUCGACAGGACACAUUAGAGGUGAACUGCUCCACAAAACACCUAACAGGUGUUCCCGAAGGCCUGCCUAACAAUGCCAAGCGCCUGGAUCUGUCUGGCAACCGCUUGAAGACUUUGAGUCGGCGACAGUUCUAUGGCCUGUCCAAGCUUGAGGAUCUGGACCUUAGUGAGAAUGUGAUAUCUAUGAUUGAGGUGGAGGCAUUUCAGGGUCUUAAAAACCUUAGAUUCCUGCGAAUCAAAAACAACCGCCUAAAGAUCAUCCCUGUGGGUGUCUUCUCAGGCCUGUCCAACCUUCGCAGUUUGGACAUCAGUAAGAAUGAGAUACUUGUCUUUCUGGACUACACGUUUCAGGAGAUGGGAAACCUACGGGAAAUGAACGCAGGGGAGAAUGAUCUGGUGUUCAUUUCUCAAAGGGCCUUUGUUGGCCUGCUGAGCUUACAGGAGCUGAAUGUGGACCGUAGUAACCUGACCUCCAUCCCUACUGAAGCAUUUUCACAGCUCCAGAGCCUGACCAAGAUGCGUCUGCGAAGACUCACCAUUAGCAUCUUGCCCAACAAUGCCUUCCGUCGGCUGCACCAGCUGCGCACCCUGCAGAUCCUUCAGUGGCCCUCCCUGGAGACCUUAAACAGCAACAGCCUUAUCGGUCUCAAUCUCACCACCUUAGUUAUCAGCAACUGCAAUCUGAGUGCCGUACCUUACACCUCCCUGCGCCACCUGGUCUACCUACGCUACCUUGACCUGUCCUACAACCCCAUCACAUCUAUACAGGGCAACCUGCUAGGGGAAUUGCUCCGGCUUCAGGAGUUCCACCUGGCAGGUGGUAGCCUUCUACGCAUUGAGCCAGGUGCCUUCAGAGGACUGGUCCACUUUCGGCUGCUCAAUGUAUCUUCAAACAGACUUACCACCCUGGAGGAGAGUGCCUUCCACUCAGUGGGGAACCUACAGACCUUGCGGUUGGACCGAAACCCCUUAACUUGUGACUGCCGGCUACUGUGGGUAGUGCGCCGACGUUUCAGGCUGAACUUUGAUGGUCGCCAACCUACAUGUUCUGCUCCUGAUCAUGUGCGAAAACGGGAGUUUCGAGACUUUUCAGAGGUGGAGCUCCCUGUCGUGUUCAUCUGCAGGCAGGCACGAAUCCUGGACAGACAGACGCAAGAAGCCAGUGUGGAUGAGGGAAUAAAUAUACAGUUUGAAUGCAAAGCAGAUGGCUAUCCACCACCGUCUAUUACUUGGCUGUCUCCCCAGCAGACUCCACUUAGCUCCGUGGGCAGAAUACGGAUACUUGCAAAUGGGAGUCUGGAAGUCCGUUAUGUUCAAGUACAUGACACUGGAGCUUACCUGUGCAUUGCAGCAAAUGCUGCUGGGAAUGAUAGUAUCUCUGUGAACCUUAAGGUACGGAGUUUUCCUCGAAACUACACAUCUCCCUAUUUCUCUGAUGAGGGGUGGGUUGAAACCUCAUUACCUCCUUCCACCAACUCUUCAGAGCAAGUGUCAAACCCUUACCCCUUUGAUGCCAAGACCCUUGUCAUUGCCACUACGAUGGGCUUCCUUUCAUUCCUGAGUUCAGUGGCCAUCUGUUUUGUUUUUAUGUUCUUCUGGAGCCAAAGUAAGGGCCAGAUCAAGCACACCGCCACCAUUGACUUUGUGCCACGUACAUCUAUGGGUGGAAGUGGUGAUGGUGCAGAUACUGGGAGGUUUACAAUGAAGCUCAUAUGAAAUCAUGAAAGGACUGUUAAGUGCUUUGGCAAUUAGCUAACAGUAGCAAAGGUAAGCAGAAACAGCUUACUUUCUUGCAGUACUGUAAAUAAGCUUCUAAUCAGAUGUGGUUCAGUACUACUUCUUGGUACCAUACCAUUCAAGUCAAGCUGGUGUUAUUUUGUCUUAUUUGAUUUUCAUUACUGAAAAAGAGGCAAAUGGGGCUUUUCUUAUCAUUUUUGUGGAGUUUGUUGGUAAACACUUAUGUACCCUGUGCUGAAAUAAUUGGAAAUAGCUGACAUUUGCACCGUAAAGCAUGCACACUAGAAAUGCUUUGAAUUGAGUAUAACAGCACUGAAAUACUGGACAUCAGUGUUCACUAGAAUGCAGGCACAUUUUAAUAGGCUUGGGUGUUAUAAUUAUUGUAAAUAGGAAGACUGUGUUGCCCUCAUGUGACAGUACAUGUUAAGAGCAUAGUGUGGUCUACUAAAAAUCGGUUGGUACUCCCAGACAAAUUUGAACGUGCUACUGUAUUUGUCUGGAAUGUCUUUUAUUAACAAUCUGUUGUUAAUAUUAAUGAUUUAUGUAUAAUGAAAUACUUUAUGAUAAAAUCAAUAGACAGAAUGCUAAUCACAGAGUUUAGAACUCUCACAGCUAUUACACCAUAUAAUUAGACUAUGUAAAUUACAGAACUUGAUUUGAGAUGUAUUGAUCACCACUGGUAGGACGAUAUUUAUCUCUAUACCAUUAAAGUUAGUUUCCGACAGGCUUUAUAAUGUAAGAAUCAUCUUAAUGGUUAGAGAACACAUUGAAUGUAAAACAUGUUUAUGAUUUUGCAGUUGUCGUUGUGCUACAACACUUUUGGAAAACUGGCCCCAAAAACGGGCAUAGCCAGAAACAAUAGCUGGAUUAUAAUCACUUAGAUAAGUAAAAGCAUUUAUCAAAAAGAUAUACUUUGAAAUAGUACAUAAAUUAUUUGCUUUUUACUCAUUAUUGUUUGCCUUGUUUGCAUUUGUUUGGGCAAUUUUUGUUAUGGGCAAAGAAUUCAUUACUUUUCAGUAUUCUUGUUUGUGUGUGGACUGACACAUGGUAAUACAUAAAUGUGUUUUAUUAUGUCUGUAAUUAUUUCUUUUUAGCCAUGGCAAAUUAUGUUUAACUAAUGCAAACUACUUGGAUGUGUCUUAACGAUACAUAAAUGACACAACAAAAUAUGUAGGAUAAGCUUUUGAAAUAAAAUGUAUGUAAUGUAUAUACUGUAUACUUCUGUCACACAAUGCUGUUUUGCUAACUUAUUUGUAAAAUGUAGAAUUUUGCAUUUGAAACUAUUAAAGACUAUACAAAUCUG